UCGCGACAUCGUCAACCUUAAUGUUCCCUUCAACACUGUGUCCCUGGAAAGUUAUCCUUGGCACCGGCGGAGGGUAGGACACCCCGGCACCUCCGUAUUCCCUUACGCGCUCCCCCUUGCUUCAACCGGGGUCGGCGGAUAAGAAACACGUUCUUUUUGCAAGAGCACAGAAGAGCACACCUGGACUCAUUUUGAACUCAGACUUGUUUGACGGAAUCACUAAGAUCCUUUGUCCUGGAACUACGGUGUGGAGGUCAAGCUAGCUUCAUCCAAGGUCAGCCGGUUAUGUCAUUUCUGUCCAUCAGUGAACAAUCAAUGGACUAGAUGAGCAUGGAUCCUGCUAUAGUAUAUGUGUAUCUAUAUAUAUAUAUAUAUACAUAUGAUGCUUGAACAGUUUACCAUGCCAUGUUCUUUUGUAUCAAAGGGUCAUCAGUUGUUGCGUUACUUGAGUCUACGUCUGCGAAGCUUUGCUAUUUGUUAAAUCAUUUGCUUUGCAUCCUAUUCGAGCAUGAUUUUUGUGAACUCCGCUCAGAGCUCGGCAUCCUCCAGCAUGCAAAGCUCAGCGAAAAGCUACAGCGUUUCUUCUGCGCAUUGAGAUCGCUUGCGCACAAGAAGUUCCUCCAUGGCUUUGUACAAAUUCUUGGCCGGUGCGAAGGGGUGGAGUGAAGGGUGAGUCAAGAACUGCGGGGGGAUGCGAGGAAAGGUUCUUCCAUUCGCAGAUUGAAUCUAGGCUAGCUCAAGAAGCAAGAGUUCGCUUCGAAGUAGCAGCUAUGCCUCACUCACUUCAGGACCAGCAAGGCUCGCAGAGUUUUGCCUAUUUGUCAAACAAAACACCCACCAACGGCUUUGCAUUUGCCAAUGCCUCAGGUCCAGCCUUUUAUCUAUGGUAGACCGAGCUCGAUUUUGAAGAACUGAUGCAUGAAGAAAGCACAGAAUGACAGACAAUGUUGUGGCCUGACAUAGCAGGAGUUGGACCAUGAGCGCAAAAUGAGAGAGGCCAUGGAGCGUGAGGACCGCUUGGAAGAAUCUUUUGAAGACACGGUCAGAUCAUGUUCAUCGAACUUCUCUCCAAACUUUCAACUAUUAGCCUAUUAGCUUCUUGUUACUAGUAGCGAUGCCAGGAGCCACUACUAGCGUCCUUGCUGCUAGUAACGAUGCCCUUUGUUACUAGUAGUUUCUUGUCCAAGAAGCCCGGGGCCCGGAGGUGCAAGAGUUGAAGGCCAAGCUUUCACGCAUGGAUCCUUCCAUGCUGCCUGCAGCCGGACUUGCAUCCAAGCAGGGGAAGGGGCCGAAAGUGCCAUGUUGGCAAGAUCAAGAGUCUCUGGAUGGAGGGAAAUCAAAGCCUUCCGUGCGAAGGGCCGCGAAAGACGGUUUUGAGCACAGCCAGAUACUCCAACCCUAAGUUUCACUGAACUUCUGACCUGUGGAGAAAAAUGCUCCAACCUGCCCAUGUCGAACCUAAAGAGCGAAUACUUGCUCAGUGGACAAGCCGGGCUUCAGCCCAAUGUUUGCAUGUGUGCUGCCCUCAUGGUUUGGCUCAAGAGUGAAGAUGACCGCACCAUCAGAGGACGAUGGUGGUGAUGGUGGUGCCACAAGCAGUCAUGCAGCACUCCUCAAAUUCGCGUCUUCUUCUGCAAAGGCCGGGACUUUGCCCGAAGAGGUGACUUUGUCUGAGGAGCUAGAAGGCAUCAUUCGAGGCCUUGCGGAAAACGGGGCUGCUGCUUGCUAUCCUUGGGAUGCUUUGAGGAUACUGCUUGCCAGAAAGUUGGAGAAAGUCCUGGCAGAUUUUUGGCGAGAAGCGCCAGAUUUGCAUCUUCGUGAAGGUGAAACAUUUGACGCAGCAGUGGAACCACUCACGCGAUCAUUGUUGGACCUACGUAGAGAAGGUGCUCCAUGGACCACUCAGCGGCUGUGCGAACUGCUUGCCAUGCCUCGGAAAGGGUACAAAUCUACAAGGAAAUACAUGUAUGCGCUUCAGCGAGCUAUAUUGAUAACCACCACUGAAGAGGCAUUAGCACCGUGCUCACUAUCAGUCUCGCAGACACCUAUGCGGAGUUACUUCGAAGGUGUUCGCGAGGCGUCUGACAUGGAGGGCCGACCAGCAGUCGAGACAACAACGGCUGCUGCUAUUGCCGCUGCAACUGUUCUUCCUCCGGAUGCCCCGGAAGGCACUGCCGCCUUAGAAUCAGAGCAAGGGGAGUCCACCCCAGCUGGGCGAAAACGCAAGCUGCCGGAGGAGCUAGCAAAUGGUGUGGUGGAGGAAUAGGGCGCUCACGCCCGUUGUUGACAAUGCCCAAAUGUACAAAGGAAGAGUAGUGGUGAAGCCUGCCCCGAUGCGCUUGGCUCAUGGCAAUUUUGCAUCGUUGUGACAGUGUUGUUGGUGGGUUCC